UCUGUGAUGCUAUUGGUGUUAGUCUGUUUAUCAAUUCUACCUCCGUCCAAUUCAGGAUGACGAACAAAUUGAAUAUUUUGAAGAUACUAUUUUUCCUGAAUCUAGUCAAUUUUCAAUGGGUGUCAGGGUACUAUCCUGUUGUGAUUAUUCAUGGGGUGCUCACAGGUAGCGAUAGCAUGGAGGUCAUCAGCAAUCGGAUACAGGAAAUGCAUCCCGGAACGGAGGUGUAUAACACCCCGCGAUACGCUGGAUGGAGCAGUUUAGAGCCCAUGUGGCGUCAGAUAGAGGAAAUUGGUGAGGAUGUGAUGGCUAUUGCUGCCGCGUUUCCGGAGGGCAUCAAUCUCCUGGGGUACAGCCAGGGAGGAUUGAUAGCCAGAGCUAUUCUCCAGAGAUUCCCCAAUCAUAAUGUCAGAAACUUCAUUUCCUUGAGCUCACCACAAGCUGGAGAGUACGGAACAAAGUUUCUGCAUUUGUUCUUCCCUAAUUUAGUGUGUGAAACUGCGUAUGAAUUGUUUUACUCGAGAAUUGGACAACACACUAGUGUUGGGAAUUACUGGAACGAUCCGUAUCACCAGGAAUUAUAUUUUCGAUACAGUAAAUUUCUCCCACUCGUGAAUGGCGAGGAGCAAUCACUAAAUAGUACUCAGUUUAAAAGCGGCCUGACCAAGUUGAAUAAAAUGGUGUUGAUCGGAGGUCCCGACGACGGAGUGAUAACCCCUUGGCAAAGUAGUCAAUUCGGUUAUUUCGAUAGUAACAACACUGUACUGGACAUGAGAAACAGGCCUAUCUACAAAACCGACGCAAUCGGCCUCAAAACACUAGAUAAAGCCAAAAAAAUCAUCACUCAUACUGUGCCAGGGAUCUCCCACUUCAUGUGGCAUAAGAACGAAACCAUCACUGAUCUUUACAUUCUACCGUAUUUAGAUUAAACCACUAAUGAAUGAAUAGUUCAAUUCAGUCGAAAUUAUAAAUAAUCAAUCAACGAGGUAAAAGACUGAUCGGCGCAGCUAGCCAUGACGAUUUGCUACCGAAUUUUUGGAUUUUAAUUUAAGCAAGAAUAUUCGACAGCUCAUCAUUUCGAACUAAGAAUUAAAUUAUUGUGCAAAUAAUGAAUAAAUUAAGUGGAAUCUUGACAAUUCAACGUUUCUUU